GUGUUGUACUUGUUAAUGCAUCGCACGCCUGGGCAUUGCACCGAGCCAGCAAGGGGCAGAGAACCACCUUGCUGGGCUGGAAACGGCCUCAGCCUCAGUGAGGAAACACUUUAUCAAAGGGAAUAAAAAAUGGAAAUGAGCAACUUCUAGGCUCAUUACAGUCACCUAGAAACCUUAAAAGCUGCAACUGCCCUUGCUGUUCCUUCCAGGGCUGUAUUAAUUUGAGAGAUGUUGGGUUGGCACCUGCUUCGUGUAUUGUGUUGUGUCGUAUUCCGAGCAGCCUCGUCUGUACAGAGGCGACCGUUCCAUUUGUGCCCUCAAAGUCUAAGGCGAGAGAGGAUACACCUACGGAACGAUCUGCUCUGGAAGCCCCGGUGUGUACUUUCGGCAGGUGGAGAUAAAAUGUAGCAGCACUGCAGAGAUGAAGGGAUUUUUCUUUAACUGAAGAACUGGAGACACUCCGAAGUGGAACACAAUACUGAGGAAGAGUUAGGAUCUGAAAUUCUGGAACUAAGAGGGGGUGAUUCUAGAAAAAAAUACACAAGUCAGCGACAUGAGAGGGAACGCCUCUGCAAGGCAAAUCUGAUCGGAGCUGUGGGGUUUGUAGGAGGGUGAUGAGUGAUGAGUAGAACGUUAUGCUCAAUCCCAGUGCGAAUGAAGGAUUGCGUUCCAGACUAGAGAUUCUGGGCUUCGGUCUACAGCGUCCUGCGGUGUUUUUCUAUGUGCGGGAGUAACUUAGCCAUAGGGUGUGUGAAGGCAGUUGAUCUGGAGGCAGUUUGUAAGCUGUUGGGGAAGGCACUAACCAAGGAUGCAGACAGUGUUUGGGAGCCGUCGGUGUAGCCCUUGAAAGGUGCGGAGCUGCUGUUGUGGCCGCGGCAUGGCCAUUGGAGGGCCGCAGGAGCGGUGCUGGCUGCAGCGUGGGGUGGGUGUGGCCAGUUCACUGAACCUGGGGAGAGCGGACCGAGAAGGGCCAGAGGCCGGUACUGUGAGCAAAGAAGUGAGCUGGCUCGGUAAGAGAGCGGCCUGUUUCAGCCGCCUUGCCUCCAGAGCGCCCACAGCAACUGCAGUGCAAACGGCUGAAGAGCAGGGGAUGAUGUACCUCAGAGCUAAAGAAAAGAAACCCUGUGGGUCUGUGGGUUCCGCUCCUGGAACACUGCCUGUCUGCCUCUGGACCAGCUGCCCUCAACCUGUUGUUCCCAGUUUGAGGUCAGGGAACACCCCACCCGCCGAAGCUUGAAACUAUCCCAGUAUGGCUUUCCUUGGGCUAUUCUCUUUGCUGGUUCUGCAAAGUGUGGUGUCAGGAGCCUCUUUCCCAGAUGGAACCAUUGCAGAGGUGUCGGUGAGCAUGUACAACCAUCUCCGAGCCUCUGCGGAAGAUGAAAAUAUUCUCUUCUCUCCGCUGAGCAUUGCCCUUGCAAUGGGAAUAAUGGAACUUGGGGCUCAAGGCUCUACUCUGAAAGAAAUCCGCCUUGCAAUGGGAUAUGACAACUUGAAAACUGGUGAAGAACUUUCCCUCUUGAGGGCGUUUUCUAACAUGGUACCCGCUGAGGAGAGCCAGUGUGAGCUGAAGAUCGCCAAUUCCCUCUUCGUACAGAAUGGAUUUCACGUCAAUGAGGACUUUUUGAAAAUGAUGAAGAAGUACUUUAAUGCAGAAGUAAAUCAUGUGGACUUCAGUCAAAACGUAGCUGCGGCCAACUACAUCAAUAAGUGGGUGGAAAACAACACAAGCGAUCUUCUGAAAGAUUUGGUGUCCCCAAGAGAUUUUGAGGCUGUCACUCAUCUGGCGCUCAUCAAUGCUGUGUAUUUCAAGGGCAACUGGAAGUCACAGUUUAGACCCGAAAAUACUAGAACUUUUUCCUUCACUAAAGAUGACGAAAGUGAGGUCCAAAUUCCCAUGAUGUACCAGCAAGGGGAAUUUUAUUACGGGGAAUUCAGUGAUGGCUCCAAUGAAGCUGGCGGUAUCUACCAAGUCCUAGAGAUACCGUACGAGGGUGACGAGCUAAGCAUGACGCUAGUGUUGUCCAGACAGGAAGUCCCACUGGCUACUCUAGAACCACUGGUCAAGGCGCAGCUGAUUGAAGAAUGGGCCAACUCUGUGAAGAAGCAAAAAGUAGAAGUGUACCUUCCCAGGUUCACAGUGGAACAGGAAUUUGAUUUAAAAGACAUUUUGAAGGCUCUUGGAAUAACUGAAAUAUUCUUUAAAAAUGCAAAUUUGACCACUCUGUCUGAUCACAAAGAGCUGUUCUUGUCCAAAGCGAUUCACAAGUCCUUCAUAGAGGUUAAUGAAGAGGGCGCAGAAGCUGCGGCUGUCUCGGGGAUGAUUGCAAUCAGUCGGAUGGCUGUGCUGUACCCUCAAGUUAUUGUCGACCACCCAUUUUUCUUUCUUAUCAGGAACAGGAGAACUGGUACAAUCCUCUUCAUGGGACGAGUCAUGCAUCCCGAAACAAUGAACACAAGUGCACAUGACUUUGAAGAACUUUAAAUUAUUUAUUUGAGUAGCAAAGAAAAUAUUAACGAAGCACAUUAUGUUUGCAGCUGGUAUAUAUUUAUGAUUUGUGUGUUACAGUAAUAUUUCAGUGUUUUAAGGUGAUAUUUAAAAUAGCUCUAGAUAGAAACAAUAUAUGUAAAUUAUAAGUCAGCAAUGUCAAGGAAUGUUAGCAGUAUUAAGGUAAUGGUCCUGUUAUGUCGUUGUGUUUGUUGUGAUGUUAUCUAAAAUAAAAGUACGUACUGAACAUGUGAACAGUGGUUUUUCAUUUUAGAAAUCGUAGAAUACAGAUACCUUUAUGUUAAACUUGAGAACAGUGAAGUUUGUUUAGAAAUCAUAGCAUACUUGCACCACUAAGUAAAAAAUAGUGAUUUUUUGACCUCUUAAGUCUUUCCUAAUCCUGCAGGAUUAAAGCACCACAGUAAGUUAGCAGUACGCAUUUAUACAUAACAAGUAGUAACAUGGAGGUGAAGACAGGUGCUCCACAAAAAUGUGGCUGUCGUUUGUUUGAGACCCGUGUAGAGGGUCAUGCAGGGCAAGGGCGUGGGCACUGGACAUCUUUCGUGUGGCUCCAGGACAAAACUUGUUAGGAGACAGAGAGAGAGAACAAGCUACCCUAACCCUAGAGACAUUACUUGUUGACGUAUUUGCUACAGUACUAUACUUUUUAUUUGUUAUUAUUUUAGAGUCCACUAGUGUACAUCUAAGAAAUUUACUGUAAAACAGGAGUACCGCCUAGACGCCCGCAGCAACCUCAGGCUUCUCCUGUUCACAGCGUUGCUUUGUGUAUCAAGAGGCCCUGUCCAGCAACAGACCUGCACCAGCCAGGCCGGUGUGAGAACCCUCUCUGAAGUUCUCAUAGGAUGACAUCACCUCAUGACAUAUUUCUCAGAACAUACCCCACAUGUUAAGUAACCUGUGACUAUGCUAGUUGUCUAGAUAUGUUUAAUUUAUACAAAAUUAGGUCAGUCAAAAGCAUAUUAAGUCAGCGCUCCUUAAACUGGUGAUCCUAGUAGGUGGGGCCCAAGAUUGUACAUUUCUACCAAGCACCCAGCGGUGCCUUUGCUCUCUGUCACUUUGGUAGCAAAACUGCACUUGACAUAAGAUUUGAAUAUUUGAUAUUUUUAUAAAUGGAAACAGAAAGUCUAUAAUUUUCAUAAAGGUUGGAGGGAUUCUGGAUGGGACAGUGAGCUGCACUGAUAAUGUAAUACACUUGUCCAAAACAAAAAAUGGUUUUACUCGAAAGUGGUUUUUUUUCUAUUACGGACUGCAGAUAAAUGCAAAAUUCCUCAACAUAUUAGAACACUUAAACUAUAUCCUUUAAAAAUAUGGAGACAUUUAUAGGCAACACCCAUGAAAGAACUUAUGGCUGAAUGCCCAGGGAAACAAUACUUAACACUGUAUCUUUUACAGCUUAUAUUUUCAGAGGGCUUAUAAAUUACAUGAAUUUAUAAUUUCAUAAAUCUUAUAUUAUUAUAGAAUAGUGCUCUUGUUUUCAUUUAUAAUUUAUGCAAGCUAGCCUAACUGAUGUUAAUUCAGUAUUGAUAUUCUGAGUUUGUAAUAUUCUUUGUUACUAUAUCACUACCUGUUAAACAUUACAUCUAUGACUAUAUCUGUAUGUUCACUGGCCAACUCAAUGUAUUACCUAAAAGGAAGAGCAAAUGUCAUUAGACAAUCAUGUGGAUUUUUUAGAUGCCAAAAUACAACUUUUAUAGUUGACAUAGGAUUAAGUUCUAUUAUUCAGAAUGUUUAUCUUAAAAUAUUUAAAUAACUUAGAUGCCAGAAAAUAGAUGAUCCCCAUUAUUAGCAUGCUUAUGGAAUGCUUAAAAAUAAUGCUGAAUAGCACCAAGUUUUUCUCCUUUAACUUUAUUUUGUUUACAAUUUGUUCAAUAUUUUUCUUUCAAAAAAGCAGCAUAGUAUAUUUCAGCUGAAUUUCCUUUAAAAUGAAUGUUGCUAAGUAAACAUAUACACACUUAGCAUGAACAGUUUACCAAAACUUUGUGCACUUUGAAUCUUUAUAUUUGAGAGAAUAACAAUAAUUGUAGAAUUUUGCUUUUAUUUGAAUCCUGAUUUUACUUUUUUUGUGUAUGCAGUAGGCUGGAUUGAAUAAUUAUAAAGGGUAGGAUUUUACAGAUUUUGUCACCACCACUAAACCAAAUAGUUGUUAGAAUCAGUCAUAGAAAUGUUUCUUUGGAUACUGAAAAAAAGAUGUUUUAUGAAAACAAUGAAAUAAAGAGAAAACAUGGUGAAGAACAUA